AUGGCGCACCUGGCGAAAGGUGCAGUCUGCGAUUUCACUGCGCGCAUGCACAUGCCACGUGCAGCCUUGCCAGUGACCUGCUUCGAUUACGAGCUGAACCAGCAGCUGGCGAGCCCAGAUUCGGCGCACACGUCCGACGCUCGCUUUCCUGGCAGUAGCCGAAGAGCCAGAAGCGGCAAGCAGCCAGCGACGCCACCAGGUUUGGGGAUCCAAUGAAAUUCAGGGCCAAGUUUUGGAGGUUUGGAUUCGCCCGCGCGGCAUCCGGGCUUGCGCGCUUGGCAUGUCGAAGGGUUAUGAAUACGGCAGCGUCGGAGUUCCGAGCCUUGGGACGAAAAUACAGCCUCGGGACGAGCCCUUAUCUGUCGGCCACCCGAACCGGACAGACCGCCUAUUGGACGAUGAUCAGGCUCAGUCAGAGCUUGGGCGAGACGUCCGGUAGCCACUCUAGGCUCCCAGGGAGAACCAGAUGUGUCUCGGGGGAGUGUUAACGGUGGAAUGGGGCGGUGGUAUCGAACGGGCCAGUGGCCUCACAGGGGCUCUAUUGAAUGCUUGGACACAAUACGUCGCCGAGAGACAGACAAUACGUUGAGACACCCUGGAUCGUUGCUUUGUCGGUCCGUUCACUCCGAUAUUAGUACGAUCGUCUUCUGCCCCGGAUGCACAGGGAGCCGUGCUGAGGGCCGAAAGUAGCAGCGGCGAGGAAGGGCGAGGAGGGAGGGGCGUGCGUGCGAGCAGCUGCAGGAGCAGGAGGGAGCGGCGGAGUAGCAGGGAGCGGCGGAGGGCGGAGGACGGCAGGCGAGGCGGCAGCAGGUACUUGAGCGGGAAUGGGCAGCCGCUGGUGGCGAUGGGCCCCGGGAAGCCUUGGUCUCAUGGGGCGAAGCCGGGGGCUCCGCAUGCCCUUGGGGGUGGAGCGGGUCGAGGAGGCACGGGGAAUGGCUGCUGCCGCGAGCGGCGUGUGCCGACGUGCCUGCAAUCGGUUAUAGCAGCGGAUUUUAUGGUAACGAGUCAAAUUCCAGCCACUUUGAAUCUGGUGGCGCUGGUGGGGCUGGGAGCAACGGGAGCAGCUGCAGUGUUACACGCAUCAGCAGCAGUGACAGCGCUGCUGAGAGCACCUUCAGUGAUCCCACCACGGGCAGGAAGCGUGUGGUGAUGCUGGGGUCUGGGUGGGGCGCUGUGAGCUUCCUCAAAGCCAUAGACGCCAGGGCGUAUGACGUCACCAUCAUCUCGCCCUGCAACUUCUUCCUCUUCACCCCGCUGCUGCCAAGUGUCACCACAGGACAGGAGUGGUCGAGGGCAGGAGCAUUGCUGAACCAAUCAGGCGGAUCCUAUUGAGGCACGGCAGCACGGCUCGUUUCCUCGAAGCUGAAUGCACAACCAUUGACCCAAUCACCAAGACCCUCUCCUGCCGUGCCCCUGCCAACCUGCCCCCUCCGCUGCCUCUGCCGACUGUGUCGACGAUUGCAGGACAGGGGGGGGAAGAUGGGAGGGGAGGAGGUGGAGAGAAAGGGAGUGGCGGUGUUUCUGGUAGCGAUGGCCCUGGUGGUUCUGCUGGCGCUGCUGGUGGUGAUGCUGUUGGUGAGGCGAGGGGACAAGGGGAUACGCACGUGCAAGAGAGUGGCAGUGGGAGUGAGAGUGGGGGAGCGGGCGGUGAGUGUGGGGGAGUGAGGGAGGUGCGGUUCUCGGUGCCGUACGACAUGCUGGUGGUGGCAGUGGGGGCCACGCCCAACACAUUCAACGUGCCUGGAGUGAAGGAGCACUGCCACUUCCUCAAGUCCCUAGACGAUGCAGAGGCCAUUCGCAACACACUCAUUGAUCGCUGCGAGGCGGCGUGCCUGCCAGGGAUAGAAGAUGAAGAGCAAAAGAGUGGUGGUGGGAGGGGGCCCCACGGGAGUGGAGGUGGCAGCAGCAGUGCAUGACAUGAUGAGGGAGGACCUGUCUGUACCGCCUGUGCCCUGCACUCAAGGGGAAGGGGUCCAUCUCGUUGCUGCAGUCAGGGGAUCACAUUCUGAACAUGUUUGACCUGCGCAUAUCUGACUUCGCCGCCCGCAAGUUCCAGCGGGACGGCAUCACGGUGCGCACGCACGCGCGGGUCACAGCUGUCAACCCGCGCUCGCUCUCAGUGCGGGACUCGGGGCACGCAGGCAGUCACAGGGACAGGGACAGGGGUAAUGAGAAAGGAGACGCCAAGGCAGCAGGUAUUGCCGGCCUGCGGCUCGUAGCCAGCACUGGCAGCACGGACAGCAGCAGCAGCAGCGACAGCAGCAUGGAGAGCAGCGGAACGAGGGAGGUGCCUUAUGGGGCCGUGUGGUGGCCGUGGUGUGAAGGCCGUGUGGUGGCCGUGGUGUGAAGGCCGUGUGGUAGCCGUGGUGUGAAGGCCGUGUGGUGGCCGUGGUGUGAAGGCCGUGU